AUGAAGCCCCCCGGAGCCGGAGCCCUCUCGCCUCGCCACCUCCUGCCCCUCCUCCUCCUCCUGCUCUACCACCUCGCCGCCGCCGGCACCGCAGCAACCGACGCCGACGCGCUGCUGGCACUAAAAUCCUCCCUCGACGCAUCCAACCGCCUCCCGUGGCACCCCUCCACGGCCCGCACCCUCUGCACCGCCUGGCCGGGCGUGCGCCAGUGCGACCCCGCCGGCCGCGUCACCAAGCUGGUCCUCGAGAACCUCAACCUCACGGGCCCGCUCACCGCCGCCCUCCUCGCGCCGCUCGGCGAACUCCGCGUCCUCAGCCUCAAGGCCAACGCGCUCUCCGGCCCCGUCCCCGACGGGCUCGCCGCCGCGCUCCCCAACCUCAAGCUGCUCUACCUCGCCGGCAACCGCCUCUCCGGCCCGCUCCCCGCCAGCCUCGCGCUGCUCCACCGCGCCACCGUGCUCGUGCUCUCCGGCAACCGCCUCUCCGGCCGGAUCCCGCGCGAGCUCGCCCGGGUGCCGAGGCUCACCUCGCUGCUGCUCGACGGGAACCUGCUGACGGGGCCGGUGCCCGCGCUGCCGCAGAGCACGCUCCGGGCGCUCGACGUCUCCGGCAACCGGCUGUCGGGCCAGAUCCCCGGCGUCCUCGCGAGGCGGUUCAACGCGUCGGCGUUCGCGGGCAAUGCCGGGCUCUGCGGGGCGCCGCUCGCCGUGCCCUGCGUCGCGGCGGCGGCCGCUCCCGGGCCGAUGUCGCUCUCCCCCGCCACCGCCGCGUUCGCGCCGCUCCCUCCCCCCGGCGGGUCCGGUGGCAGCAGCGGCCGCCGCAGGAAGGCCGCGAUAAUCGCCGGGUCGACGGUGGCGGGCGCGGUGGUGCUGGCCCUGCUGGUCGCGGCGGCGGUGACCGCGUCUCGGCGCGGGCGCGGGCGCAACAAGCGCGUGGCCGGCGACGUGGACAAGGGCGGGCUUGGCACGCCAGAGGAGCAGGCGGAGGAGGACCACCAGCAGCAGCACCGGUCGGCCAACGCAGCACUGCCGCCAGCGACGAACUCAGCGGCGGCGGCGGUGGGCGGUCGGGAGUUCUCGUGGGAGCGGGAGGGGAUCGGGAGGCUGGUGUUCUGCGGGGGCGCGGCGGAGGCGUACAGCCUGGAGGAGCUGCUGCGGGCGUCGGCGGAGACGCUGGGGCGCGGGGAGGCCGGGAGCACGUACAAGGCGGUGAUGGAGACGGGGUUCAUCGUGACGGUGAAGCGGAUGCGGUGCGGCGACGCGGGGGGCGCCGGCGGGGUGGGCGGCGGGGCUCUGGAGUUCGGGCGGCGGGCGGAGGAGCUGGGCAGCGUGCGGCACCCGAACGUGGUGGCGCUGCGGGCAUACUUCCAGGCCAAGGAGGAGCGGCUGCUGGUGUACGACUACUACCCCAACGGCAGCCUCUUCUCCCUCGUCCACGGGUCUCGGCCGUCGAGCAAGGGCAAGCCGCUGCACUGGACCUCCUGCAUGAAGAUCGCUGAAGACAUCGCCGCCGGCCUGCUCCACCUGCACCAACAAUCACUUGUGCACGGCAACCUCAAGCCUUCCAACGUCCUCCUCGGCCCCGACUUCGAGUCCUGCCUCACCGACUACGGCCUCGUCCCCGCCCUCCACGCCGCCGGCGCCGACGCAUCCUCCGCAUCCCUCCUCUACCGCGCCCCGGAGACCCGCUCCUCCUCGUCCUUCACGGCGGCGUCCGAUGUGUACAGCUUCGGCGUGCUCCUGCUGGAGCUGCUUACGGGCCGGGCGCCGUUCCCGGACCUCCUGGACCAGCGCGGUGGUGCCGACGAGGUGACCGCCUGGGUGCGCGCCGCGCGCGAGGAGGAGAUGUCCACGGAGUCGGGCGGCGAGUCGGCCGCGUCCGGCGCCGCCGGCCCUGCCGAAGAGAAGCUGGGCGCGUUGGUUGGCGUGGCGGCUUCGUGCGUGGCCGCGGACCCCGGCGCGCGGCCGGCCACGGCCGAGGCGCUGCGGAUGGUGCGGGAGGCGCGCGCAGAGGCCAUGUCAUCGUCCAACAGCAGCGACCGCUCGCCCGCGCGCUGGUCCGACGCCGUCAUCGUCGGCGCGCCGGGGCCGCCGACGGACUGA